AUGACUGAAGGAUAUUUUCAAAGUUAUAUUACGUCUAUACUUGUUUAUGAUCAAAAUGGUUUCAGAGAAAUGUUUAUAAUGAAUAGUGAAAUUGAAUUUUCUAUUGUUAAUUUCUUGUUUGAAUAUAUUCAUACUGAAACUAUUUAUUAUUUAUUUAUUAAAGAAAACGUCUACUUUCGUACAAGAAAUGCUGCUAAACAUGUAGUAUUUGAAAACAGCAGUGAAGAAAUAGCAAUUGUGGAUAUAACUAGACGAUUUAUUACAACAGCACGUGCUCUUAAUCGAACAACAGCAUCAACACGUAUAAACAGUGUAUUAAGUCGAUCAUAUGCCAUGUUUGCUGUAAAUUUAGAAUUUGAACGUGCUAUUCAAUCAAUAUCUAUACCAAAUCCAAAUUUGCGCGAACAAACUCGUGCUAAAAUACAUGAUGUUGGUUUAGCUGACUCGGGAAGUUUACAACGAACAGGUGAAAUAGGUCAACAUCUUGUCCUUGGAAAUGUCAUAUUAAUCUUAGAUGAUCCAAUGAAAACAAAAACAGCGCAUGUACCGCAUCGUGAUUCAAAAUUAACACGUUUAUUACAAGAUUCAUUAUGUGGAAAUAUCUACAUAAAGAUUUUUGUGAAUAUCAAAUUAACUAAAGUCUUAUUUUAUAGUCGAAUACUAAUGAUAGCUAGUAUUCCAUCCGUUGAUCGUGAUUGUUCGGAGGCAAAAGGUACAAUUAAUUAUGCACAACAUUUACACAAUAUACAUACUAGUACUAAAGUAAAUCACGAUAAAUACAUUAGAUAA